AUGGGAAACAACAGACAAUUAAAUAACAAAAACAUGGGAAACAACAGACAAUUAAAUAACAAAAACAUGGAAAACAGCAGACAAUUAAAUAACAAAAACAUGGGAAACAACAGACAAUUAAAUAACAAAACCAUGGAAAACAACAGACAAUUAAAUAACAAAAACAUGGGAAACAACAGACAAUUAAAUAACAAAAACAUGGGAAACAACAGACAAUUAAAUAACAAAAACAUGGAAAACAGCAGACAAUUAAAUAACAAAAACAUGGGAAACAACAGACAAUUAAAUAACAAAAACAUGGAAAACAGCAGACAAUUAAAUAACAAAAACAUGGGAAACAACAGACAAUUAAAUAACAAAAACAUGGAAAACAGCAGACAAUUAAAUAACAAAAACAUGGGAAACAACAGACAAUUAAAUAACAAAAACAUGGAAAACAGCAGACAAUUAAAUAACAAAAACAUGGGAAACAACAGACAAUUAAAUAACAAAAACAUGGAAAACAGCAGACAAUUAAAUAACAAAAACAUGGGAAACAACAGACAAUUAAAUAACAAAAACAUGGAAAACAGCAGACAAUUAAAUAACAAAAACAUGGGAAACAACAGACAAUUAAAUAACAAAAACAUGGAAAACAGCAGACAAUUAAAUAACAAAAACAUGGGAAACAACAGACAAUUAAAUAACAAAAACAUGGAAAACAGAAGAACGCCAUUAAGUCAGAUUCUCGUACAUCCAACAACCAAGUUACAGAUCAGUGUUGCACACGCCUCCGACUUAGAUGACAAUUUCCAUAGAAAGUUCGUGAUUAACAAGUAA